CCGUAGCGAGCGCCCGGGCCUGGAGCUGGGAUGUGUGGGCAGUGGGUUCCCGGCUCCCCGCGGCGACGGCUGUGAGCUGAGGCGAGGGCGGCGAGGGCCCAGCGCACGAGGCCACCGGGCGCCGUGGGUGGUCAGCUGUGUCGGCCGCGGGAUGAGGAAGCGGACCGAGCCCGCCAGCUUGGAGCAUGAACGCUGCGUUGCCUCGGGCUCACCCUCCUCCGGCUCGGCCGCCGCGGCGCUGGACGCCGACUGCCAUCUGAAACAGAACCUGCGCCUGGCGGGCAAAGGGCCGGCUGAGCCGCCGUGCUGCGCCUCGGACGCGGGCAUGAAGAGGACGCUGGGCAGGCGAAAGGGACUGUGGUUCCGAUUGAGGAAGAUACUUCUCUGUGUUUUGGGGUUCUACAUUGCCAUUCCAUUUCUCGUCAAACUAUGUCCUGGGAUACAGGCCAAAUUGAUUUUCUUAAAUUUUGUGAGGGUUCCCUAUUUUAUUGACUUGAAAAAACCACAGGAUCAAGGUUUAAAUCACACCUGCAAUUACUACCUCCAGCCAGAGGAAGACGUGACUAUUGGAGUCUGGCACACCAUUCCUGCUGUCUGGUGGAAGAAUGCACAAGGGAAGGACCAGAUGUGGUAUGAGGAUGCCUUGGCUUCCAGCCACCCCAUCAUUUUGUACCUGCACGGGAAUGCAGGUACCAGAGGAGGAGACCACCGAGUGGAGCUCUAUAAGGUGCUGAGUUCUCUCGGUUACCACGUGGUUACCUUUGACUAUAGAGGUUGGGGUGACUCAGUGGGAACACCUUCCGAGCGGGGCAUGACAUACGAUGCACUCCACGUUUUUGACUGGAUCAAAGCUAGAAGUGGUGACAACCCCGUGUAUAUUUGGGGCCAUUCCCUGGGUACUGGAGUGGCGACAAAUCUGGUACGGCGUCUGUGUGAGCGAGAGACACCUCCAGAUGCCCUUAUAUUGGAAUCACCAUUCACUAAUAUUCGAGAAGAAGCAAAGAGCCAUCCAUUUUCAGUGAUAUAUCGAUAUUUCCCUGGAUUUGACUGGUUUUUUCUUGAUCCCAUUACAAGCAGUGGAAUUAAAUUUGCAAAUGAUGAAAAUGUGAAGCACAUCUCCUGCCCCCUGCUCAUCUUGCAUGCUGAGGACGACCCCGUGGUGCCCUUCCAGCUCGGCAGGAAGCUCUACCAUAUUGCUGCGCCUUCUCGAAGCUUCCGAGACUUUAAAGUUCAGUUUAUCCCCUUCCACUCAGACCUUGGCUACAGACACAAGUACAUCUACAAGAGCCCUGAGCUUCCGCGGAUACUGAGGGAAUUCCUGGGGAAGUUGGAACCUGAACGCCAGCAUUGAGGCUGGCCUGUGAAGGGAGCAUGAAGACUUGAAGACCUGCCCUCCUCCCCCUUUCCUCUGGUCAGCAGCCCGGCACCCUAGGGCUCCUGAGGUGCCCACAGGAGCCCAGAGUCCAGCACACUUGGAGAGAGGACUGAGAUGCAGCAGGCAGGGAUGGAAGUCCUGCACAUCGGUGUUGCAAUGUGGUACAGGUGGCUGGAGCCUGGAUCUGUGGUGGGCCGGGCCCCUUCCUCCUCUGGCUUCCACUCCACCUGAGUUCUCGGUGGGAAGAUUUUAUGACAGCAGUGGCGUCACCUUGUUGAUCCUAUACUUCCUGAGCAGAGCACAGGAGCCUGGGAGGGAGCACGGGAUCUCAGGACAACUCUGGGAUUUCUGGCGACACCGCCAAGCAUGUGGGAAGACUGUUCUUUCUGCCUUCCUGGCACAUGCAGAAUCUAGUGUACUGAUUCCAACGUCCCUUUGGCCCAUGUACCUGCUUGCCUUCCUCGGCUGUUUCUGCCUCUUCUGGGUGCCUGUUUACCCACUGGGAAGGUGCCCAGAUCUGCACUCCUUCUUGUUCUGUCUACCUAUCUGUCUAACCUGGCCGUAGACUGAGCAUUUAUUUAAGAAUAAAAUUGUGGUGGUGGUC